UGGGGGAAGUGAAGGAAGAAAAUGCCUGAACCCGCCAAGUCCGCGCCCAAGAAGGGCUCCAAGAAAGCCGUGACCAAGACCGCCGGCAAGGGUGGCAAGAAGAAGCGAAAGACCAGGAAGGAGAGCUACGCCAUCUACGUGUACAAGGUGCUGAAGCAGGUCCACCCCGACACCGGGAUCUCCUCCAAAGCCAUGAGCAUCAUGAACUCGUUUGUCAACGACAUUUUCGAGCGCAUCGCUGCUGAAGCCUCCCGCCUGGCCCACUACAACAAACGCUCCACCAUCACCUCCAGGGAAAUCCAGACCGCAGUGCGCCUGCUUCUCCCCGGUGAGCUGGCCAAGCACGCCGUGUCUGAGGGCACCAAGGCCGUCACCAAGUACACCAGCUCCAAGUAAACUGCAGCUUUACUUAAUCCCAAACAACGGCUCUUUUCAGAGCCACACAUCUCUUCUAAAGGGUACAUGUCCUGACUUUAUUUAAAUUGUAGCUGUUGAAAUGGCGAAAAAUAAACUACAAUCUUGUUACCGUUCCAUGCUUUAAAGAAAAAAAUCACGGACUUGAUGAUGCACAACAUGACCAGAGCGGUCCUAAUGCCAACACGAUAUCAUUUAUUAAUU